UGUAAAAAAGUAAACAAAAAAUCAUAGUAAAUACAGAAUAAUGGAGACCUGCAUAAUAUGGUAACUAACAGAACAUGGUCAAGAAAUUCGCUAAAACUAAACGUAAAACAGAAGGCAAACGAGAUAUUCCAGUGACCUCGUCAACGGAUACCGAGAACAGCAUUGCUAUGUACGACCCCACUGUAUACAAUUGGCAGAAAAACCUGUUUGGACCUCUUUUCCCAACGCCCCGUGACAGUGCCCCAGUGAAGACAACAGCCACAUCACUUCUGUACUCCAUCAAGAACUUUUUGGAAACCAACGAAGAUGCAAAGGUAGCAAUCUUCAGCAUCAUGGUUCUUCUUUUUAUCUUCUGGACUGUGAAGACGAUGUUGUCACUCGUUUUUAACCUGGUGUGCCCUCUACUGAUACUUCUUAUAGGAGUGUUGUGUAUACCUCCUCUACGCCAACCGAUACUGGGCGACAACUACCCCGCCGUGGCCAACUUCGUACGAGGCAUCCUUAUGAAGAUAGCUGACAGUAUAUAACACUGAAAUAGAUUUUUGAUACUUAGACAAUAAACCUAUAAAGAGAAAAAUUGAUUUCUUUGCAUUACCUCUAAUUUGCUGCACCU